GGCCAGGAGCAGCCAUGUCACACCGGAGUAACCGGCCCCGCUCCUGGUGCCCCCGAGGGGACUCCCCCUUGAAGCUGCCGGAGGGGGCCUCCGUCCCCUCCCCCGUGGCCGCUCCGGGGGUGCAGGGGCUUCCGCCAGCUGUGGCCUCCCCAAGGUCCACGCCCACGCCCUUCAAACUGCGCCGCCUGAGCAUGGGCACUGACCGGGCAGGGUCGCCAUGCGCGUCCACGGUCACGCAUGCCACCGUCUUGCCGGCGCUACACAUGGCAGCCGCCCAGCUGGAACAACAGCAACAACGGCAGGCUGCCCAGCAGGCCGCUGCUCACGCCGCUUCACAGGCCGCUUCACAGAUCGAACAGUUUACAACACAACUCUCACAGCAGUCAACGACGCCAUUUGCACAGCACCCGGAACAGAUGGCGUCGACGCAAGUACAGAUGCAUCAAAUGACGCAACAGUCAUCAAAGGUAACGCGUCAUUUGGCGCAGCAAUCGUCACAAGUAAUGCAGGAAUCAGCACAGCAGUCUGGCGUGUUCUACCCCAUGCCACAGCACCCUAUUUCCCCGCAGGAGGCCAACCUCCAGCAGAAGGCUGUGGACAUGCAGCGCCCCUACCGCCACUCUCCCAUACUGCUCCGGGACCUGCCACGGGAGCCGCGUUCACCCCCGGGUUCGAGGCCCGGCUCGGCGCUCUAUAGAGACCGGGAGCCAUGGUCGCCCACGCCCACCGCCAGGCCGCCCUCUGCCAUUAUAAGUCAGGACCCGCGGUCACCCACGCCUGUCAGACCCUCCCCGCUCAUCCAGUCAGAGAGGGACUUCAGAUCACCGACUCCUUCAAGACCAUUCCCGUUUAGACAGAAGGACCGGGUAAGUCUUAAGUGUGACGGUGAAGACAGUAACCACCGUCUGUUUAUCACUGUGUUAUCAUUGUGUGUAUGGUCAGACCAUGAGCCUCCCAUCUGGCCACAUGGUGUUCAUCAGUUAUCCAGAGGUGGCCAGUCGUCCACACCCUCGCCCGUCGCGUUGCCCGUCACGCUGCCCGUCGCGCUGCCCGUCACGCUGCCCGUCGCGCUGCCCGUCGCGCUGCCCGUCGCGCUGCCCGUCGCGCUGCCCGUCACGCUGCCCGUCGCGCUGCCCGUCGCGCUGCCCGUCACGCUGCCCGUCGCGCUGCCCGUCAUGCUGCCCGUCACGCUGCCCGUCGUGCUGCCCGUCGCGCUGCCCGUCCUCACUCACUACAGCUAUGUCACGCUUAUGGAUUACAAGGCGCUAACUGAGCAUAUUUGCGCAUAUUGA